AUGGAAUACGAUCUGUUCUUCCUGCUGCAAGACGAGCCGGCGCUCCACGCCGAGAAGCAGCGCAAGUCCGCUGGCCUGGCCCACCGCCAGCAGCAGCGCCGCGGCAGCCUCGACCCGUCGUCCAUUCGCCGGCCCGCCUUCCAGGCCGCCACCCACUUCCCGCAGCCGCAGAGCCACCACGCCAUGGCGGGCGGCCGCGUGGUGGAGGACAACGAGCGCGGCGGAACGGUCUCGCUCUUCGCCAGCGUCGGCCGCGUGUUCAAGUCGUUCGCGGCCGGACCCUCGCCCUCGGUCGGCGGCGAGUGGACCCCGGCCACCGUCUCGCCGCGCCGCGAGAGGCGCAACUCCAUCUAG